AUGUAUACGUUACUCCAUGGAUUAUAUAAAUACUUGGUUCAAAAAGAUGAAUAUUGCAUAUUAAUAUUGGGAUUGGAUAAUGCUGGAAAAACAACUUAUUUAGAGGUAGCCAAAACAAAAUUUACCAAAAAUUAUAAAGGAAUGAAUCCCAAUAAAAUAACAACUACUGUUGGCCUUAAUAUAGGUGAAAUUAUAACAGCUGGUGUUAAACUUAAUUUUUGGGAUUUGGGUGGCCAGGAAGAACUUCAAUCAUUAUGGGAUAAGUAUUAUGCUGAGUCGCAUGCUGUGAUUUACAUUGUAGAUUCAUCUGACAGAGAUAGAAUUCCUGAAUCGAAAGAAACUUUUGAUAAAAUGAUUUCAAGUGAAUCAUUAAAAGGAGUUCCUCUUUUAGUUCUUGCUAAUAAGCAAGACAUACCUGACUGUAUGGGAGUCAGAGAUGUAAAACCCAUAUUCAAUCAAAAUGCACAUUUAAUAGGAAGAAGAGAUUGUAUGGUUAUGCCUAUAUCAGCCUUAAAUGGAGAAGGAAUUGAUGAAGGAAUUCAUUGGAUAGUUGACUGUAUAAAACGAAACAGCACAAUCAGGCCACCGAAAAAUUUCGAUGAGACAUGA